AUGGCAACUUAUUACAUUGGGGUGAAUAAUAUCAUCAAUCCUCACAGUUCUAAUGUUGUCAUCAUGCAGCACUUCAUCAACAAUCAGCACUUCUUCUUCGUCAACUUUGCAGCAAGACCACCAACAUUGCUUGAAGCUUCAACGACAUCUAAACGUCACCAUGGCAAAAACCACAAUAUUCUUGGCUUCAACGACAUCUGCUGGCCCAAGCAGAAAGGACCAUUAAUUGAUACUCUUGCAACCCAUUAG